CAUUGUCAUAAUUCCGAGGAAUAACUUUGUAAAUAAUCUAAGACAAAGCGUGAGCAACUUUAGUGGUAAAGAAGCAUUCAAUGUCUACGGAGGGCCUGCGUGGUUUUGGCUCGGAAUGAUUUUUCGCCAAAUCACGGUUGGCGCCGACACCGGAUUUUUUGCGACACGGGAGCCUUAACGCUUUCGCGUUAAAAAGGUGCGCCCGCUGUUGCGUUGUGCCCACCUGUGCGCGCUAAUUCAACCGUCACACCUCGGUCCCACUGGUGUCCGCUGCACUGGGGGAUUAGUAUCGCCGACAGCUGACGGGCCCCUAUUCUGAUUCUCGUUUCCGAUUGGCUGACGCGUGUUCCGUAGCUUUGACGGCAUUGCACGGAUCUAGUAGGACAGAUCCAGUAUGAAGGAGAGAGAGGGCAGUUUAAAUGACACGGGCUGACAGCUGAACAUCGGUCGGGGGGCGCGGGAAAGGGUCAUGCGCCGCGUUUUGGCUGCAGUCGCUCGGUGCAACAAUUGACUCUGGCCUCCGGCCCGGACCAGUCAGUCGAAUGGCGGCGCCUAAGCAGGCCUUCGUCUUGCUCCUGCUGCUGACGUGCAUGAUUCCGGCGUUGAUACUGCGCGUGGUCGGUGAGCUGCUGUGCUGGCGGGCCGAGCGCGACCAAGCCAUCAAACUUGACACUGCAGCCGUGAUUGUGCGCCUGACCGCAGGGCUUCUGUGCGCGGCGGCUAUCCGGCACCGCGGCAAGCGCGGAGGCAGGCAGCCCCUGUGGCUGCGACUGGCCGCGCUCGUCGAGAUGAUCCUGUACGCAGUGGCGUACGUGCCGCACCUGCUGAAGACGUUCCUGCUCAACGACCAGGCCACGCUGGCCGGACUGCUCAUCCUGUGCAUCGACGUCAGCCCGGGUGGCGCCCAGUCGCUGCUCGUGCCCGUCUCGUGCAUCGUCGACUACGCCGGCGUGGUGGCAGCCAGCGGCCUGCUCUGCUGGGCGGCCCUCGAGUGUCCCCGCUCCGGUCCGCUGCUUCUGGUGUGGGCAGCCAACAGCGCGGUCGGGAUCACGGUGGCCCUGCGGCAGGCCGUCAUGGCGGUGUCUGUGCGCGGCUUCCUCUGGGGGCUGGUCCUGUACUCGCUGGCGCAGCUGGCCCACUGCCUGUGGAACCUGCUGCUCCUGCUGCUGGCCACCGACGCCCUGGCGACCGACAAUCGCGUAAUGCAGCUGGAACCCGGCUGCAGCCUAGCACGGGGCCCCGGCUGCAGCAGGGUCCAGGCGCUCAAGGCCCGCGCCGAGGGUUGCGUCGACCCGAGGCCCGACGCGAUGGGCUUUUUUAGGCUCGACCGCCGUUGGCUUCUAGAACUGCUCGCCGCUACUUUCAACCUGGGCGUUGUCCUGUACCAGCUGACGAGACCUCUGUCGGAGACGGAAGCCCGAAGGGCCAAGGCGCUCCAAAUGGACAGCGGCAAACGACACUGCGGACCUCGGCUCGGGUGCGCGUUUUAAUCGAUCGUGUGUUUGUG